CUGUGUGUCCCCAAUAUAUAAUUCAUGUUCAUACCAUAAUUAUGAGUUCUACCAGCCCGCGAGUUGAUCAAUGUGUUAUAUCACCUUCACAUCUAUCACAAUGCAUGUAUCUUUUCCAAGGUGUGUAUCGGGGUUUUGAAUGAAUGGCACGUGACCAUGGGCUGUGGCACCAUAAAGAGAUGCGAUUAUGAUGACCUGCAAGACACGACUGACUGUAGAGGGACACACCCAUUUGGACCCAUGGACAGGUGCACGGUGUGCUGUACUGGAGACAUCUGCCAGUCCAGGAUGACACACAUACAACACGGGUUAGAUACGGUGCCUGGUGUGAUCCAUUGCCCAGUUUGUGAUAACGAACACGACCCUCAAAGAUGCUUGGACAAUAUCAUACCCUGUGAAUCUCACCACAAAACAUGUGAAAUUAAGAACGCUGAUGGGAAAUGGUCAGCUACAUGUUCCCACAACUCGUCGUGCAUCCAUCCACCCAAUCUGUAUCCAUCAGACUGCACUCAAGACAAAGGGCGCAAAGAGUGUGUAUUUUGUUGCAACGACCAGACUUGUCUUGACUAUGCAUUUGACAUAAAGCAACUCCCUACAACUUCACCGACAACCACCAGCAUCGCAGGUACUUCAGCAACGUUGACGUUUGCUCCACCGUCCUCAUGCCGUGACCAGUCUCUGUUCCCUUGUCACAGAGCUGUUGGAGCGGCUUGCUCAGACCCUGACAUAUCCCUGGAAUUCUGUCCGCUGUCGUGCGGUAUUUGUAAACCCCCUACAACAACAGCAACCGCUGUGUCUUCUUCAUCAAUUCCGACACGUGGCGAGCCAACUACAACAUUAUCAUCAACUAAGCACACGACGCAGGAACCGAAUAAACAUACAACACAUUCAACAAAUAAACAAAAGACACAUGAACCAACCAAAUACGCAACACAAUCCCAAACAACACAAAUACAUCAAAAACACACGACACACAAGUCGACGCAUCAUACAUCACCUGUACCACAUACACAUAAGGCUACAGCGGUUACUUCGACAACAACAUCGGCAGCCUCAUCGACAACACCCGGUGUCUUUGUAUCUGGAUCAGAAAUAGGUGCUGGUUGUCCCAAUGGCUAUACCCAGUUUGAGGAAUCCUGCUACUUUCACCACCAUCAGAAGAUGACCUUCAUUAAAGCAUCGGUAUAUUGCCGACAGCACCAAGGACAUUUGACCGAGAUUGAAACAGCAGAGGAAGGUGUAUUUGUGAAGGCAUUCCUGAAGGAAAAGAUUAUUAGCAAUGGUGUCUGGUUAGGAGCUAACGACAUUCGGUUUGAAGGCUACUAUGUGUGGGACAAGUCGGAGAACCCACUGAACUACACGGAUUGGUACCCUGGAGAGCCAAACCAGAAGACUGACGAGGAGGACUGCAUGAGUAGUUGGAAAUCGGAGGGGUAUCAGUGGGCAGAUCACUACUGUAACCACCCUGACCUCGAGCCAUUGUGUGAGACAGAGGUAACAAAAUGUAGCUGAGUAAAACAAAAUGGAUGAUUGUCUUACUGCUGGAAUAAAGGUCGCGAUUUA